ACCACUCCUUCAGCAUCCUCCGCCUUAAAACUUAUCACCAGCAUACGAGCCGUAAUCCUCACCUCUUCUCUCUUCCUCUUCACAGCUCGAGCAUGCUCCUUCCUGGCCCUAUUCGAGUGGCCAUCCAUUCGCCCUCCGGAAAUCAUGUAAAUUGUCCCUCUCUUCAUCAGGGCUUCUCCUCCGUGCCCUCCUUUAUCACCAUCUCUCCUCGGUUUCUUUCCUCGACCAUCUCGACCAUCUCCAUCGCCUCCUUCCUUGUCCCUGUCACUUCUCUCCUCCGAAUCAUCCCGAUACCUUCUCCUUCCUUUCCCUUUCGCCCUAUCAUGAUACACGAACUCCUUCAAAUGUCCUGCUCGAAUCAACCUUUCAAUCUCAUCCUUCAAAUGCCUGCAAUGACAACAUCAGAAGUCGUUACUCAAUUUCGUGGAUACAAUCCUGAGAAAUUCUCAGGACAAGGAGAUCCUCGUCUAGUGGAGGAGUGGAUUCAGGGUCUCGAAACUAUUUUUGAGAUCACUGAAUGCACAGAAAGGCAGCAUAUUAUUUGUGCUCAACUGCAAAUGACCGGAGAUGCUCGGCUAUGGUGGAACUCCUACUGGGGCAUGCGUCCUGGGGAGAAAGAAAAUCUAACUUGGAUGCAAUUCAAGGAGAUGAUGGAAGAGAAAUACUAUCCAACUCACUAUCGGGUUGAGAUGGAACGUCAAUUCUUGGCAUUAUCCCAAGGAAAUCGUACAGUUGAUGAGUAUGAGAGAGAGUUUACUAGAUUGGGAUCUUUUGUCAAAUAUCUGGUGGACACAGAGGCUAAAAAGGCAAGACGAUUCCAAGAUGGGUUACAACAAGAAAUCC